AUCAAACUUAAAUCCUUUGUCCCUUCACCAGCAAGUGAAACUCUGAGCACCAGACGUCUUGCCAUGUCCUUGUCUGGUUGUAGCUGCUCAUCCUGCACUGCUAUGGUAUCCAACUUAUUACAAUCUAAAUGACUAAUAGAGAAAUGUAUUGCAUCAUGAUCCAACAACUCUACAAUAGAACAGACUUCUUUUGGCUGCUAUUUCCAAAUCCUGUGGCCUGCUCUCUCUAAUUCAUAUCAUUUCAAAAAAAAGUUGGAUCAAUUCUGAGCCUCAAAUAGGAAACUUUGGAUCAACUGUUACUUUGGGAACUGUGCUCUAGGUGGAACAGUUUAAUGUGUCAACACUGCAGGAAUUCAUUCUGCUUGGCUUCAGAGUUGGACAACAAGGACGUCUGCUGCUUCUCAUCUCACUCACAAUGGUCUACAUCUUCACUUUGAUUGAAAAUCUGGUCAUCAUCUUGGUAGUAUCUGAAGAUGUUCAGUUAUCUCGUCUUCCCAUGUACAUUUUGCUGAGCAACUUUUCCUGGCUGGAGGUCUGUUAUGUAAGUGCUACAGUGCCAAGGAUGCUCUUUGACCUGUCCUUCCCAGGUGGGGUCAUCUCUUUCCAUGCCUGCUUCAUCCAAUUUUAUGUCUUCUUCUCCCUUGGCACCACGGACUGCUUCUUCCUCUCAGCCAUGGCCUUGGAUCGGUACUUGGCCAUCUGCUGUCCACUACGGUACACACAAAUUAUGUCUAAAAAGUUCUGUUUCCUCUUGGUGACUCUUUGUUGGAUUAUUGGCUUUCUCUGCUACAUUGCCCCUGCAUCCUUGAUCUCCAGGUUGUCCUUUUGUGGUCCCAACGCUAUUGAUCAUUAUAUUUGUGACUCUGGAGGACUUCUAGCCCUAGCUUGUCAUCCUCCAGAAUCUCUCUCUCUUUUCUGCUAUGUCACCAGUUCUACCUUAAUUCUGGGCACUUUCCUUUUUAUUAUGAUCUCCUAUGUGGGGAUUAUUUUCACCUUGGCAAAAAAGUCUGGUGAAAACACUGGAAAAAAGGGCUUCCAAACGGUGUCUUCUCACCUAGCAGUGGUGACCAUUUUUUACGGUUCUGUGGCCACAAUGUACAUUGGGUACACUGAAAAAAACCGUACUGAGAAUAUUAAAGUGAUGACAUUGUUCUAUUCGGCUGUUGCCCCUUUGCUUAACCCCUUGAUCUAUUGCCUCAGGAAUAAUCAGGUGAAAGGUGCAUUGUCUAGGGUCUUGAGAAAGAAGGGAGUUAUAUAGGGAAAUAAAAGCAAUUGUAAUGAAUUAUGUCAGGAUUAAGUAUUAGUUAUACUUGUUAGGAUAGAUCAAUAGCUGUGAAAGCAGGGAGGCCAAUUCAACUGUGGGCAAAGAGGAAUAACGAGAUAUUAUACAAAUUAAUAGCAGGGAACCAUUGCAGGGGCAUAAAAAGUUAGUAGUAGGGAACCAUUAAACCUUAAUAGUAGUAUUACCCUUAAUACCAAUAAUAUUAAUUCUUGUAGUUUUAAAAGUAGUAGAAAUAUUAAUAUCAAUAAUGCUGAUUCUUGCAAUUGUUAUUUCAAAGUAAUAUUUCAAGACGGAAGUGAUAUAAGAACAUUUCAUUUGCAUAGUUUCUCAAACUGACUAUUCUGAAAAAGUUUAACUUUAAUAGUUCUUUUGAGUAAGAAAUUGUUGAACUCAUAACCUUCAAAAGGAUACAGUUGAUAUCAGAAGAUGUCAAGAAACACACUCUGUUUUUAAUAUAUUGCACUUGUUAAUUGAUAAAGUACCUGUAAUUUAUUUUGCACCUAACCUGUAGCUACAUAACUAAUCUGUCUUCUCCUUUUUUACCCCACCUUCUCCUCUACCUCUCCCCAAUUUAAAUCCUACUUCUGUCUAGCCAAUUUAUGCAUCUAAUAAAGUGACCUGCAGUAGAUGAAAAUGUGUGUCCUUUAAUACAUUUUGUUAUUUGAUAAAGAUUCUUCUAUACUA